AUGGAAAACAUAUACAAACCGAGAAUAGAUAAAAUAAUCCAUGUGGGGAAUGCUUUGUCGGAGUUUCGGAACGAGCUACUUCAAAACCGCAUUUCCAGAAUUGUUCAAUCGGACACCGACAUCAAGGAAGUCAUGGGUUUCACCGGUAGCAGCAACACCUUCGAAAAACUGCUGGAAUCCGUGGACGUUGGUGAGCAUCUUUCCAGUCCAAAAGACAUGGGCGUGUUCACUUUCAAUCCCGCGAAAAUUCAGAACAUCCCGAAUGUGGUUGGCAAGACAAUACCGACUAAAGCCAUGAAAUUCAAAUGUGUACAACACGCAUCUGAGUCACGCCAAGGUACAUUCAAACGGGCCGUGGAGGGAAAGUUACGCUACAGCAAGCACAAGUACGUGGACUUGUCCACGGAAACCUUGCCCGGCAACGAUUUGGUUCCGUUCCAGGAAAUGCUGCUGGUGAUUCGAAUCUAUGAGCCGUUCAAGCACAAAACCGGCCAGCGACUGCGGCAUCCAAGGUUUAGCCAUGAGUUUCACGUACUUAGCUCACAAUUUCUUACGGAGCUGAAGGACAAAAUCUACUGCAACUGUGAUGCAGGUCCAUUUUACGAAAUAAGCGAAAACCGAUCGCUUUGGAACGAAACGAACAACGGUAACGACACACCGAAGUCGGGGUUCUUUUUCAUACACGAUACGUUCUACAAUGACCUGCGGCAUGAGUCGCAUCACGAUUACUCGGCGGUAGUGAGGAAAUGGGCCGAAAAACAGAGUAUGAUCGGCGAAUUGCGCUCAGAGAGGCUAACGGAUACGCAGCGUCUGGAUAAUUGUGGCAGGCUUGAGCAGUUGAAAAUCAACGGUUUUGACUUCCCAGCGCGAUCGUUCGACCUGUUGAAGUCACUGUGCAUCGAUGAAUUGUUCUUCUACCGAUCGUACCUCAUCGAGAACAUGGAAAGUAGAAAACCGUGUUCCUACGAAUGCAAAUAUGCAGCUCUUUUUCAGUGUGAGACCAGUGUUGAACACGUGUACCAAAUUGGACGGUGUAGGGUCUUAAUUUCUGCUAAGCAUCGGACUCGCACUUGGAUUUCGCGCAUAAAUUAUGCUUCGUGA